AAGAAUCGCAGCGCUUAAAUAAGCUGAUUGAUCGUAAGUCCCAGACCUCCAACUUGAACUAUUUACACCUAGCAUUUAUUAGUCGGAAUGCGACGCGUAGUUCUAUCCAACACAACCCUAUCUAACGGCACCGUCAUCCCCAAAGGCUACAAAACUCGCCGUCGAAACCCGCUUCUCGGACCCGACUCUCUGCCCAACAGCGAGCACUUUGAAGCAGAUCGGUUUCUCAAGCUGCGCGAUACUGACCAGAGUAAGUGGUAUUUCGUGACGGGGUCACCCGAACACCUAGGAUUUGGAUACGGAAAGCAUACUUGCCCCGGCCGCUUUUUCGCCAGCAAUGAGAUCAAGAUUAUCAUAUGCUACUUGCUCGUCAAAUACGAUUGGAAGUUUGCCGAGGAAGAAAGACUGCCGACUCUUUUUGCUGGAGCGGAGUAUAUUUUUAAUGAUAAACAAAAGGUUGAGGUGAAGAGCAGGUGGGAAGAGAUUGAUCUGGGUUGCCUUUGGGUUGUAUAA